UCAUACACACACCGACAGUGCAGUCAAUCAUUUGGUGUUUAAAGCCCCAGCAAAAUCAACUCCCUUCUAAACUCUCUUUACUCUCUUCAUCAACCUCAUUAUCCUGCUUCCUUCCCACCUUCCCUUUUUCCUCUAUAUUCUCUUUCUCUCUCCUCAUUUACAGAUCUUGAGGUGAAAUAAAGAAUAAAAAUGGAGUCUUUAUUAUACUGCAAUAGCAGAUCCAUUGCUAAACUCAGCAGCUUCACCAUUUUUAUUGCGUUCUUGCUUUCUUCCUUGUUUUUUACAUCAACAGAAGCCUAUGAUGCACUUGAUCCAAAUGGAAAUAUCACAAUUAAAUGGGAUGUUAUCAAUUGGACUCCUGAUGGAUAUCUUGCUGUUGUCACUAUGUUCAAUUUCCAGCAGUACCGCCACAUUCAACCCCCAGGAUGGACAUUAGGGUGGACGUGGGCCAAAAAGGAUGUAAUAUGGAGUAUGGUGGGUGCGCAAACCACCGAGCAAGGAGAUUGUUCAAAAUUCAAAGGGAACAUUCCCCAUUGUUGUAAAAAGAAUCCAACAGUGGUAGAUUUGCUUCCUGGAACACCUUACAACCAGCAAAUUGCCAACUGCUGUCGUGGAGGGGUAUUAACUUCCUGGGGCCAGGACCCUGCCAAUGCUGUCGGAGCUUUUCAAAUUAGUGUAGGUCAAGCCGGAACAAGUAAUAAGACAGUUAAGCUGCCAAGAAACUUCACGUUGCAGGCACCGGGGCCUGGGUAUACUUGCGGGCCGGCAAGGAUUGUGAAGUCAACUGAGUUUAAGACAGCUGAUAAGCGGAGAACCACUCAAGCUUUGAUGACUUGGAAUGUAACUUGUACAUAUUCUCAGUUCUUAUCGCAGAAGACUCCUACUUGCUGUGUUUCUCUCUCCUCUUUUUAUAAUGACACUAUAGUACCGUGCCCAACUUGCUCUUGUGGAUGUCAGAACAACAUAACCCAACCUGGAAGUUGUGUCUCGCCGGACAGUCCAUAUUUAGCUUCAGCUAUUUCAGCAGGCGGACCAAAAACAAGCAAUGUACCUCUGGUUCAAUGUACCAGUCACAUGUGUCCAGUCCGAAUUCAUUGGCAUGUCAAGGUUAAUUACAAGGAUUAUUGGCGUGCUAAGGUUACUAUUACAAACUUUAACUACCGCAUGAACUACUCGCAGUGGAAUCUGGUUGUCCAGCAUCCCAACUUUGAUAAUCUCACUGAAUCAUUCAGUUUUAAGUACAAAGGAUUGACCCCUUAUGACGGCUUGAAUGAUACUGCCAUGCUAUGGGGACUUAAGUUCUACAAUGAUUAUCUCAGUCAAGCUGGGCCUUUUGGAAACGUGCAAUCAGAGUUGUUAUUUCAGAAGGACAAAUCAUCUUUUACUUUUGAUAAAGGAUUUGCUUUCCCACGCCGAGUAUACUUUAAUGGCGAUAACUGUGUGAUGCCUCCGCCAGAUGCUUACCCAUGGCUUCCAAAUGCUAGUUCGAGACCUAUAUUCUCACUGCUACAACCCACCAUGACUAUAUUGGCUGCCCUUGCUUUCUUACUGGCAUAUGCUUAGUGAAGCAAUGUUGCUUUCUAGAUUUAUGUUGGAUCGCUUGUCUGAUGCACUUUCACCUCUGCUAACCAGCUGGUCUCGUUGCUACUUGAGGUGAAAGCUCCACAACUUUGUUCAGGUGCGCCAUACUUCGCUUCUAGAUUGAGCGUUCAUUGUCUACUGGAGCGUUGAGAAUCAGAGUCUGAAACCAUUUUGUUUAGGAUAUAGACUCUUCUACACGUAUUAUACGUUUUAUAAUAUUAUUUUUUUAUUCUUGUUAGGUUAUGUAUUGGAGACGAGUAUUUCAGUGUUGUAACCUGUAGAAACUCUGUCCAUGGAAAUGCAAGUGUUAUAUAUAGUUGCUUCUUGUA